AUGUCACGACCCAAUCCCAAUCAGAAUGUAUCCUUCAGGGAUGACGUACACCCUUCCCGUCGUGGUCAAAGAGAAGAUCAGCCUCCUCGACCUCCCGCUAAAAAUUUACCUUCCAAGAAUUCGUUGACCACCACAGUCUCCGUCUCUUCUUCUGGUUACAACGCCGACGCCUUAGGAUAUGAAAAUGAUGGAUAUGUCGAUGCAGGAGCUCAGAAUAUGCAAGGGUUUUCCGCUUCCAAUGGUGCAGAUAUGAGGAGGAAAAAGAGUCUGGUAAGACCAGAGAGGGAGAGGAUUGAUCCCGGUCAUCGACUUUGGCAUUAUCGAGAACAUGCAACAGAAGAUCAGGUGGAUGUGCAGCCAAGUUCCACCGGUAACCAACCGUACAAUCGAGGUGCCAACCUUCGUCGAGGCAAAUCACUUCUCGCUCGAGAUACCGAUGAAACCGAUCAUCAAUCCGGACUGAAUAUCUUCAAGCGAGGAGCAACCAUCAGGCGAAGAGCGUCACAAGCCACUCCUCGACAACCUCCGACAGGAGCCCAAUCCAAUCGAGCUGGUGCUGGCUCCAAUCGAGAACCAGAAGAGAACCUUGGAUGUUUGGGGAAUUUUGCACCUGGUCCCAAGGAUGCUUGGAUGGUUUACUGCUAUCUUCUCACCUGCCUCGUGCCUGGUUUCGUCCUUCGCAAUGUCUUCGGCAAGCGUACCCCUGAAGCACAGCGUGCAUGGAGGGAGAAGAUGGGUAUCGUUGGUAUCGUUGCCUCCUUGAUGGCCAUUGUGGGUUUCGUCACCUUCGGUUUCACUCAGACAGUGUGUGGCAAUCAGGCAUUACGAAUCGCCGGUGGAAAAGCGGACAACGCAUCUCUUGUCAUCAAUGGGUACGAUUACGAUCUCGGCAACUGGAAACAUCCAGCCGCCGGUACAACCUUCAACGGUUCGACAAGUCCACUUUAUAUGGAUCAGUACAUGGCUGGAGGUAAAGAUGUCAGUUUCAUGUUUCAAAAUGUCAAUCGUCACUGUUUGGGAGUUAUCACACCCGCCAGCGGAACUGGAAUUCAGCAUUCGGGUGAUCAAAUGGCCUGGUACUUCCCUUGCAACAUACAUGAUCAAAACGGGACAUCUGCAGCGAAUCUUACUGGAUACACGGAUGCCAACAACUGUCACACUUCGAACAAAGCGAGGUCCGAGUUUGAAGCCAUGGUCCCUACCGCCGAGAUCUACUACACAUGGGACAGAGUAAAGAAUGAAUCAAGGAAUCUCGCUGUUUACCGAUCGGUCGUUAUCGACAUGGAUCUUUUGCAAUGGCUUGACACCAGUCAGGUCAGCUAUCCCUCCUUCUUCGACACGAUCAAGAAGAGAAAUGAGACUUUCGCCGGUAAAGAUAUCACCGCUUUUGUCCAGCGAAAUGGCCUCGAGCAGUACGCCCAAUGUCUAUCAGAUGUGGUUCAGGUCGGAUUUGUAGACAGUAUCUCCAUCGGUUGUGUCGCCUCAGACAUCGUGCUAUACGUCUCUUUAGUCUUCAUCUUAGGUGCGGUGAUGAUCAAGUUUGGUAUGGCGGUAGUAUUUGGAUGGUUCUUGAGUUGGAGAUUAGGCAACUUUGAGGGGGAGAGUUAUCAACAGAGAAUGAAGAGAGCAGCAGAAAUAGAAAAUUGGACGGACGAUAUUUAUAAAGCCGCACCUGGUUAUCUUCGACCCAAUGCAGCGAACCGAAGUGGUUCGGGUGGGAAUUCCAGGAAAACGGUGUUCCUUCCGACAACCUCGAGAUUCAGUAAAGCCGAGCCAAUGCUUGUCUCGUCUUCUCGUCCAUCCACCACCUACGGCGGUCUCGGCGAAUCCAGACGACAGGCUGCUAGUGUAUAUGGCGGAAAACUUGCACCUGGAAUGCAAACGACUCCACCAGGAUCCCCCAUGUUGCGCAAUUCGCGAAGUUCAACUUCCUUGCCCUUCAGGGACGAUUCUCAUCAAUCUCUUUCGGAUCAAUCUAUGAACAAUAAUCCUACCAACUGCCCAUUCCCUCUCGGCAAUGUCGUACCUCAACCUGCUCCUGAUUUCGAACCUUUCAGAUUCCCUCUGAUUCACUCAAUUUGUCUAGUCACCGCAUAUUCAGAAUCGAUCGAAGGUCUACGAACUACUCUAGAUUCCCUUGCCACCACAGAUUAUCCCAAUUCUCACAAACUUGUUCUUGUUAUCUGUGAUGGAAUGGUUAGAGGUUCUGGCUCGAAACAAUACACCCCUGACAUUGUGCUUGGAAUGAUGAAAGAACUGGUGGUGCCAGCAGAAGAGGUGGAAGCUCAUUCCUAUGUCGCCAUCGCAGAUGGUCAUAAACGACACAACAUGGCCAAGGUAUAUUCUGGUUUCUAUGAUUACGAUUCAGAAACGGUCGAACCCUCCAAACAACAAAGAGUGCCCAUGGUCUUAGUCGCUAAAACUGGUAACCCUCUAGAAGCAAACGAUGCUAAACCCGGUAACAGAGGAAAGCGAGAUUCGCAAAUCGUGUUGAUGAGUUUCUUACAGAAAGUUAUGUUCGAUGAACGGAUGACUACCUUCGAAUACGAAUUCUUCAACUCCAUCUGGCGAUGUACCGGUAUCCCCCCUGACAGAUAUGAGACUGUUCUGUGUGUAGAUGCCGAUACCAAAGUCUUCCCCGAUUCCCUCACUCGAAUGAACGCAUGUAUGGUGAACGAUCACGAGAUCAUGGGGUUGUGUGGAGAGACCAAGAUCGCGAAUAAGUCAGAAACCUGGGUGACAAUGAUUCAAGCUUUCGAAUCCGUCUUCGGUGGUGUCACCUGUCUUCCCGGUUGUUUCAGUAUGUAUCGGAUCAAGGCUCCAAAAGGUGAUCGAGGUUAUUGGGUUCCUAUCCUGGCCAAUCCCGAUAUCUGUGAACAUUAUUCCGAGAACGUCGUCGAUACGUUGCACAAGAAGAACUUGCUACUGCUGGGUGAAGAUCGAUACUUGUCAACACUCAUGCUCAAGACUUUCCCCAAGAGAAAGAUGAUUUUCUGUCCUCAAGCUGUCUGUAAAACUAUCGUUCCCGACACAUUCAGAAUCUUGUUGUCUCAACGUCGACGAUGGAUCAACUCGACUGUUCACAAUCUUUUCGAAUUGAUGUUGGUGCGAGAUCUAUGCGGUACUUUCUGCUUUUCAAUGCAGUUUGUCGUUUUCAUGGAUCUUAUCGGAACUUUGGUCUUACCAGCAGCCAUCAGUUUCACCCUUUACAUCAUCGUCAUCGCCAUCAUUCCCGAAUCGGUAACUCACAUGCCUCGACCGACAGUCUCACUUAUUCUCCUUGCCUUCAUCUUGGGUCUACCUGGUGUGUUGAUAGUCAUCACCUCAAGAAAGGUUGCGUAUGUUGGAUGGAUGAUGAUGUACCUUAUCUCACUGCCUAUUUGGAAUCUGGUUCUUCCUGGUUACGCCUACUGGCAUAUGGACGAUUUCUCGUGGGGUGAGACCAGGAAGGUAGUGGGGGAAACGAAAGAGGUUUCUCACGGAGAUAAGGAGGGUACAUUCGAUUCUAGUCACAUUGUCAUGAAACGAUGGGUCGAGUUUGAAAGGGAAAGACGAUGGAGAAAUGGAACGGAAUCGAGGGAUUCUCAAUAUUAUGAUGUGGUGCAAAGAGCAAGCUCUCCUAAAGGCCCUCAAUCCAACAGAUACUCGGUCGUCUCAACCAGUGAAACCUCCUACAGCGGAUUUGGCGGAACUGCGGAGGGCAAUCCUCUGUUCAGACAGUCUCAGAGUUUCCAAUCCAUGAGUCAAAUGAUCCCCAAUACCGAAGGCAGCACCGCUAGCAUGUCACAACUGGCGUUACCACCUGCAAGAGGUGCUUCUCUAGGACGAGACCAUUCGUCUGGAUCUGCGGAAUCGAGUGGUUCCAACACUCUCGAAAGAGCCAACAGCGAUGAUCCUAGCUACGGUCAUGGAUACCAGGCGUAUCCAAACGAGUCGUACCAGGAUGAUGCCGAACAACCCAUCUUACCAUCGAACUAUCUUCCUCAUGCUUCUUCCCCGGACACUGCUAGUUUCUCGAACGUUGUUUACGCUGAACCCGAACGUACUCGCCGACCCUCACAACGUGGAGUCUCACUUGUUGACACUGGUCCAGUCCGUCAAGUGGCUCCUCAUGAUCCUGUUCGACGAGUAUCUAGACAUCAGAGAAGAAGCUCAUCCAGGAAUCAACUCGUCAGCCCCAUUUCUUCUUCGGGCGGUCACGGAAACCUCCCACCUGGAGCUGCACCUCCCUCAUACUAA